CUUGAUACCUGCUUACUAGUAGACAGAUAUCAUGUUUGAUGCAUGAAUCGACCUAUCAUCUGCUGGAGCUGAAACCUUGUCCUCUGGGGCACUGUUCAGCACGGUAUGUAGGUAGACAUGAAGAAACUUGUACAUCGUUGCCGAGGGCAAACACUUGUACUCGCGUUCAACAUCACCCCUGGGUUUGUUCGGUCUUCAUGGCCUAGGCUGCACUUUGUCGUACGCUGCUUACUCCUGGGGCAUGACGCUAACUGUGCAGCAAGAUGUGCGAUAAUCCCAAAGGAUGGCCCCCAAAUAGAGCUGCAGAGAGUAUGCCACUGCAUCAUGUUUGGUUUCGGCGUAGAGAUUCGGAUGUGACGGUUUCCAGUUUACCAUCAAUUCGGGCUCUGAUGCGGUUUCCAAAACAAAAUAGCCGAUUGGCAUCUACGGAAACAUAACCU